GAAGUGUGAGAACAGAUAUGGCUAAUCAACACUAACCCUGAGAGGAGACUGAAGAGUGUUAGGACGUGAACCCAUGUUCUACAUUUUCAGCCACACGGGGAUCUGAUGUUCUGGACUGAUUCUGGACCUAAUCAGACCGGUGAUUUGUUUUCGAUGGGGAACCACAGCUCCACUGAAAUUGAAAUAUUUAAAGGCAUCAUAUCAGCAGCGGAUAGUGAACCGUGUGCUCCGGAGGACCAAACCUUGUCUAAUCAUGUCAGUUGAAGUGUUGGAACGUCUGAAUGUAACGCUGCAGGAACCUGAUAUUUCUGCUCUCAAAUUCCUUUACAACUUCUCAGAAACGCCUACAGAAAACACAGUGAGAUACACACAUGAAGCUACUCCUCCAAAGCCAGAAGAAGUCUUACCAUCCUCAGAAGCCUCCUCAAGUUCCUCCAUGUCUCCCAGUCCCUCUGUGUCCUCACUUAUCUCCCUCCUGAAAUCACCUGAUGCUCCCUCACCUGUUCCCAAACCUCGUCCACCCCCUGAUGGACCUCCGACUUUACAGAGACUCAGUAUGGAGCUGGGGGACGUCAGGGAUGAACUGGAACUGCUCAGAACUCAACACAAGAAAGACAUAAAGCUGCUGAUAAAUGAGCUGGAUGAGGAGAAGAAAAUGCGCCUGUCGCUGCAGGUGGAAGUCGAGCGGAUGAAGAAGCACAUGUCCAAAAAAUAAGUGGACAGGACGUGCUGUAAAUGAGACACCUCCGUUACAGAUGAUGUGAAAAGAUUUGAGGGAACAAAACUGAUAAAUCACAUGAUGACGUCGACUCUUGGUGGUUUCACCUUUAUGUGGUUUGACUUUAUGUUUUGGGACGUGCUGGCAGUGAUGCAGAAGAUCCUCAGAUAAUAAAGUUCCUCAUGGAGAGGAUCCAGCUGGUUUCUCCUGAAGCUCCUGAACGACACGUGGAUGUUUUAUCUUUUAUUUCCUCCUCAUUUAUUUCUGUUCGUUUCUCAUGAUAAUCGUUUUAUUUGAUGUCAUUAAUAUUACUAAAGAAUCAUUUUCUCAAGAUUAUCAAAUUAUUUUCUGAACACUCAGCAUGUUUAUGGGCCUUCCCCAAACUGUUUAUGAGAUUCUAUUGCGGUUGUGGGAUUUUAAUGAUUUCUGCAGAUGUUGUUUCUCUGU